AUGCUCCCCUGCUGCAUACUUGAUGAAGAUGAAGCAGCCAACGCUGCAAAGCAUCCGAGUGUAAUAUCAGUUUUCCUAAACAAAGAACACAAAUUGCACACAACACACUCAUGGAAUUUCCUUGGGUUAGAGAGAAAUGGUGAAUUUUCGCAUGACUCAGUAUGGCGGAAGACAUUGGGUGAAGAUAUCAUAAUUGCAAAUAUAGACACAGGUGUUUGGCCAGAAUCCAAGAGUUUUAGUGAUGAAGGGAUAGGACCCAUCCCAAAACGGUGGCGAGGAAUCUGUCAAAAGAAUAAGAACACUCGAGAUAAAUUCCACUGCAACAGGAAGCUUAUUGGAGCAAGAUAUUUUUACAAAGGUUACGAGGCAAAAUUGGGUCAAAAACUGAAUGAUUCGAUCUUGAGUGCACGUGACUAUGAAGGUCAUGGUUCACACACUUUAUCAACAGCUGGUGGUAACUUUGUCCAUGGAGCUAGUGUUUUUGGCUUUGGCAAUGGAACUGCGAGUGGUGGAUCACCAAAAGCUCGAGUUGCAACCUAUAAGGUGUGUUGGCCACAGUCUGUAUUGUUCGGUGGUGGAUGUUUUGAUGCAGACAUAUUGGCUGCUUUUGAUACUGCCAUAAGUGACGGUGUUGAUGUGCUUUCGGUGUCUUUGGGUUCAUCUGUACCCUCAGAAUAUUCCCAAAACAGUAUAUCCAUAGGGUCUUUCCAUGCAGUUGCUAACGGCGUAAUAGUAGUGGUUUCUGCAGGAAAUGAAGGGCCUUAUCCUUCAACUACAUCCAGCAAUGAACCAUGGACGCUCACUGUUGCUGCAAGCACAACUGACAGAGACUUCGUUAGUUAUGUUACACUUGGUAACAAGAAAGUUCUCAAGGGAGCUAGUCUUUCAGAGUAUGCGUUACCAUCUAAUAAGAUGUACCCGUUGAUCAGUGCUAUUGAUGCCAAAGCUUAUAAUGCAUCUAUUAUAGAAGCACUUUUAUGCAGGAAAGGAACUCUUGAUCCUGAGAAGGUGAAGGGGAAAAUAUUGGUCUGUUUAAGCAAUGGUUUUACAAUUGAUGAGGGGGUGGAAGCUGCCAGUGUAGGCGCAGCUGGAAUGAUUUUGGCUAAUGACAAGUACUCAGGGAAGGAAAUUUCCCCCCAACCCCAUGUGCUUCCAGCUUCAAAUGUUAACUUUGAGGAUGGCAAUGACAUUUAUAAUUACAUCAGAACUACAAAGUCUCCUGUGGCAUACAUUUCAAGGGUGAAAACAGAAUUAGGAGUAAAGCCAGCUCCAUAUGUGGCUUCAUUUUCAUCAAAGGGUCCAAAUCAUUUUGAACCAGCAAUCCUCAAGCCUGAUGUGACUGCACCAGGAGUCAACAUCAUUGCUGCUUAUAGUGAAGCUGUAUCUCUCACAGAGCUAGAUUCUGACAAACGAAGAACGCCUUUCUUUACUUUGUCUGGAACUUCAAUGUCAUGUCCUCAUGUCGCUGGCCUUGCUGGGCUUCUCAAAGCCCUUCAUCCUGAUUGGAGUCCAGCUGCCAUUAAGUCAGCAAUCAUUACCUCAGCAACCACACUAGAUAACUCUAGAAAGCCAAUCCUGGAUGAAUCAUUGAACAAGGCAACUCCAUUUGACUAUGGUGCAGGGCACAUUCAACCUAAUCGUGCUAUGAACCCUGGACUUGUAUAUGACUUGAAUAUUACUGAUUAUUUGAACUUUUUGUGUGGUCGUGGCUACAACAGUUCACAGCUGAAAAUGUUCUACGGCAAGCCUUACACUUGUCCAAAGUCGUUCAAUAUUGCAGAUUUCAAUUAUCCGGCAAUCACAAUUCCAAAAUUUGGCCCUGGACAUUCUAUGAAUAUCACUCGAACUGUUACCAAUGUUGGGUCCCCAAGAACGUACAAGGUGCACAUCAAGGCACCACCACAAGUUCGAGUUUCGGUUGAUCCUAGGGAAUUGAUCUUCAAGGAAAAGGGUGAAAAAAAGGAGUUCAGAGUUACAAUGACAUUGAAGCCGCAAAGUAUGAACACAAGUGAUUACGUAUUCGGGUGGUUGACAUGGAGUGAUGGCAGGCACCAACGUGUCAGGAGUCCUAUUUCAGUUAACCUUACACAAUGAGGUUUAUGUUGAUGCUGCAUUUACCCACCAACUACAUGGAGUGGUCUUCGUCCCUUUUGCAAUAACGGUUUUGUUGAACAUUA